AUGUCUAUAAGUGUGACGCCAACUUCGAUAGCGCUAGCCUCAGUUGAUCGUUUACUGGUGAUUGCGGCAAAAAAGUUUGAUUCCAAUAGCCCGAACUCUUUAUUUGACAAGGAAUUCUUAAAUCGCAUAUUUGUGGCACCUUGUUCUACUGAGAUUGGCAUUGUUGAUCAGCACGUUUUUCGCGUGUUGCUUGAUAACAUUAUAACAUCAAAUACGUUUUUAUCUGAUUGUCUACCUGCUUCAAGUUCAACAAACACAACAGCUCCAUCUGUAUCUGUUAAUACUGAUACAUUUCAAAAACAGCAAGGAUUUGACAAUCAACAACUGUCAGGGUCUUUAUCAGCUCGGAAGUACGACCUCCAACUGAAAGGCGAUUUCUGCGCGUACGUAAUUCGACAGCAACUGAAAAACUGUGUCAGAGACCCAACAGCAACUUCUAUACGUCUUUUUUAUCGUUUUGUUGAAGUGUUAGAAGAAAGAUUAGUGGAAAUACGGUACAAUCUACUCGGGCGUUUUCUUGAAACUAUCCUUGUUUCGUUGCUAUCCGUUGAUCUUUCUAUUCAAGUGCUUGUUGGCCUUAUUCUUUUUUCCUCCUCACUUACGCCACAAAUUGCCAAAGGACUUGGCCAGUAUCUUCGUGACAUUCUUGCAGCAAUAUUUGAAGCUACCAGAAAAGACAAUUCAACAGUCUUUGAUUGUGCUUUAUCGACCGAAUUUAUUCAUCAGCUUUUUACGUCCCUUUUUUCAACGCAGGUUAUUGAAUUUGUUGCGAUUGAUCGACAAUCUGUCAUUAGCUUUCUGAAAAUUUUUGAAAAAGAGCUUACUUUACGUGGUGUUGCUUUAAUAGGAACUCUCUCGCCACUCCAACUUAUUUUGACAGCUACAUCCGAAGGAGGUUCUAAGGUACCAUUAUCAUUAGUUGGAAGUGAACAUCUUUCACCCUUUGAUUACGUUGAUCUGGAAGAUAAAGAUCUCGAUGAUAUAAUGGAUAGCCUGGCUUAUCAAAAUCCGAAUUUACUGGCGCAACAGAUUCAGGAAAUUGGUACAACAUUUACAUCAAGUGUAAAAUCGUGUCGGCAGCAUUUGAUCUCACUAAAUUCUGGGGACGGAACAAGUUUAAAUGCUGUUAAUCUUUCUCGAGUUAUUGUGAUGAUGAUAAACACAUGUUCCGGCUCCAGUAUACAACAGCCGGUACAACCAAGUGUUUUAUGGGAUCAUCGUUCUGGGAGUGUUGCAGCAAUUGGGACAAGUUCUUCUGCAGAAAGUUUGUCAACAACCACUAGUGUUCUGUCUGAAAAUUCUGCGAGUGCAACCAUAAGCUCAACAUCACAAUCGAUGCAACAGAUUGCUUGGAAUGCCAAAAAUUUUGCAAACGCGGUUCGGGAACUGGCACCAAACUUAAAUUGGUCGGAAAUAGUAAUGCACCUUGAUCAAACAAAUUUUAUUGUACGAACAAAAGCUCAGCUGCAGUUACUAACUACAAUUUUGUUAGAGGGCCUUGGUUCUAAUCCUUUUCCGAUAGGAUUGUUGUAUCGUGAAUGGAAUUUCCACAAAUACGGCCAGUUAUCAUGGAUUGAACAAAUAUUACAAAAUCCUGAUGUAUUUUGCUUUUCUGACUAUCCUCACAAAGCGGUGAAUUUGACUCCAUUGAAAGUACAGCCGGAGGAAACGCGGGAAUUAAGUAACUGGCGCUGUUUGGAUUUGGUGGAUACGUUAAUACGAUUAGGUGAAGUGAGAAAAUUGGUGAAUGGUGUGAUGAAUAUUUUGCAUAAACCAACUAGUGCUUGCCCGGAUGUUUUAUUGCUAGCUUUAUUGCAAAUGCAGUUGCCUACGUCAAAUUUGCGCAUUCACCUAAUGCAAAUGCUCAUACCAACGUUGAUUGGAAACAAUCCGAAUGCUGUUCCAGUAUUGAAUGUAGUUUGGAAUUGCGAAGACAAAGUACAACUGCGGACAACGAUUUUAACUGCUCUUUGCAGUUAUUAUAUGAAAAAUCCAGAUGAUCAGACAAAAUUAUCCCGAAUCUUGGAAGUAGCUCAUGAACUUAAACCGGACGGCUUAGCUGAACUAUUCAAUGUUCCACAAUUUCCUUUUACAAUUGAUUUGGCUUGUUUGGCUUCGAGAAGAGAUUUCUUGAAGUUAGAUAAAUGGAUUGAUGAUAAAUUAGCAGUAUAUGGAGAUGCGUUUGCUUCACAGCUUAUAUGUUACAUACGUCGUCGGUUACCAGCAGGCAUGGUAAACAGUAGUGUAUUACCGCAAGAGACAAUGAGAGUGUUAUUGAACGCCCUUUCAAGGACGACCUGUAUGUCCAGUACAUCAGUCAACGAUUUAUCCUCGCUUUGCUGUCAGAUACCCGGGCUGAAAAAUGGAGAAGGACGUUUGUCAGCUAUAUCAACCUCUCGAACACAAUUAAACGUAGCUGGAACUGCACAUUCAUCAACUUCGAAUGUGUUUGGCAGUGGUAUGGGAGGGCCAUCGGUGCCAGUACAACAACCUUCGGGCAAUUUUGGUAAUUUUCCUUUCGGAACAACAGGAUUUGGUGCAUCAAAUAGAGAUAUGCUUGCAGCUGCACAGCAAAUGCAAAAUCGACAACAGCAACAAGGAAAUUUGCCUGGAUCAGUGCAAAUUUUUGGAAGCGGCACAGGAACAAAUCUUUGCGUACCAGGCUCUACUACGGCGCCGUUUCCGCAAGCAAAUGAAUUGCUUAAAGCGACGAAUGCAGCUAACAUUUUGCAACCGAAUUUUAAUGGAAGUCAUGCUUUGUCAAUGUCGCCAUCCGGGCAGAUGAUGAGGACAGGUUUUAUGAGCAGUGGAAUAUCAACCACACAAGCGCGGCCAGUACCUGGAGCUGGAGGACCUGGAUGGAGCAUGCCAGUGGGUAUACCAGGAACUGGUGGUGUGCGAGCAACACCAGGGUCUGGUACUGGACCUUCAUCAACUCUUGAUUUCCGCAUGCCUCCUGGUGCCCCUGGUUCAGCAGGAAGUGUGUUAAAUGGAAACAAUUCGUUUGUGCAUAACGCAUCCGGACAACAACCGCAGCAAAAUGGUAGUUCGCCAGGUCGUAUUGCUGUACCCCCUGCACCUAUGGACGAUCUUACAUCUGUACAAUUCAGUGAAGAAAUUCAGAAUGAGGCAAAUAUGUACUUUCAGCAAAUAUACUCUCAACAUAUGCAAAUGCCGGUUGCUGAUUUUGUUGAACGCUUGAAGCAGUUUAAAGCAUCAAAUGUGCAACGGGACAAGGAUAUUUUGGCAUGUGUGGUUAAAAAUUUAUUCGAAGAAUAUCGAUUUUUUCACGAGUAUCCUGAACGGGAGUUAAGAACAACCGCAGAAGUUUAUGGCAGCAUUAUUCGUGAGAGUGUCAUCUCGAACUUGCAAUUUGCUACCGCAGUGAGGAAGGUAAUAGAAUCAUUGCAAGCAGAACCGGGUAGUAUGCUUUGGACAUUUGGAAUCGUAGCACUGAAUGCAUGUCGAACAAAAUUGAGUUUGUAUCCUAAAGUAUGUGUCAUGAUUGCUAACCAACGGAAUUUCCAGCAUUUUCCACAGAAUUUAAAGGAUUACGUUAGCAGCGGCAUACAGGGACAACAGCCUCAUGUUCCUGGUCGCGAAACACCGAAUUGGCAGCCGCAGCAACGAACAACAAGUGAUAUAAACCGAGCCUUAGCAGCACGUUCCGGUUCAUCAGUACUUUCUGUUACUAGCGUUGAUACAUUGGUUAAUGCAACUGAAAAAGAAGGUAAUCAGAUAAAGCAGCCAUCAGAAACUGUAAUGGAAAAAGUUGCAUUUUUGUUCAAUAAUUUAAGCCAAAUCAAUCUUCCAAAAAAGGUCGAAGAAAUAAAAAGUAUGAUCGAUGAGUUGGAUGAUGACUUCAUUCGAUGGUUAGCACAAUAUCUGGUAAUGAAACGUGUUAGCAUUGAACAGAAUUUUCAACCUCUCUACAAUCUCUUUCUUUUGGCAAUCGAAAAUAGGAAGCUAGAAGAAUUCGUGAAGCUGGAAACUUUUCGAAACAUAAAAAUUCUUUUGCGGAGUGACAAACGACAAGCAGCGACGAACUUUGGCGAUAGACAGUUACUAAAAAAUCUCGGCUUAUGGCUGGGUGCGAUUACAAUCGCCCGUGAUCAUCCUAUUGUUACAUCGGAUUUGGAUAUGAAAUCCCUUCUUAUGGAGGCUUAUUACAAAGGACAGCAAGAACUUCUGUUUGUCGUGCCCUUUAUCGCGAAAAUUCUUGUUUCUUGUAGCAAAAGUCAGAUCUUUGGUCCAAACUGUGCCUGGAUAAAAGCGAUCUUCAAAAUUUUGGCCGAGCUUCACAACCAACCAGACUUGAAAUUAAACUUGAAAUUCGAAAUAGAAGUACUCUGUAAAGAAUUGGGUGUUGACCUAAGCAAGCUUACAAUAGAAGAUGUGUUGAAAGAUACCGAGCGUUUAAUAAGGCUUCCACAACAAUUAGGCGAUCUGAAGAUGUUAAAACCACCCGAGUUGCAGAUGGCGGCCUCACCUGUCCCAGCAGUACGUACCAAUUCUGAAGCUUCUGGAGAAAUUGUUGUAGCAGGUAUACCACAAACAGCAACUGCUGAUGUUGAUCAUUUGAUUGGCAAUUUGUCAAACAUCACUAUGCCGAGAAGUCAAUCUCCAAGUGGUACACAAGUACAAACACCAGCUCAUUUUCACUAUCACGAUAUAAACAUUGUUUCCUUUGAUGGUCUAACACCUCAUUUAAAGCUAUCAGCUUCACUGCCUUUGUUUCAGCUGAAUCCACAGUUGAAGCAUGUUGUCCGGCCAGCAAUUAGUCAUGCGAUUAAAGAAUUGAUUGGACCAGUUACUGAACGGGCGAUCCGGAUUGCUAUGCAUGUUACAGAACAUAUUUGCAAGAAGGAUUUUGCACUAGAGCCCGACGAGCAAAAGAUGCGUCGUGCUUCACAGCACAUGAUUCGAGCAAUGACAGCGGGGAUGGCAUCCAUAACAUGCAGAGAGCCACUAUCUUCAACUAUCCUGGGAUUCCUCAAAACGGCGUUCACAAAUUCUUUACGGUGCAGUAUUACACCUGAACAGCAAAAAUUAAUCGAUGAAGCUGCAACAACGAUUGCGGAAGAUAACGUGGAACUGGCAACAAAUUUUAUAGUCAAGACAGCAUGCGAAAAAGCUACGCCGGAAAUGGAUAAACGUCUUGAAUCCGAAUUUACUACUAGAAAGCAAUAUCGUCUUGAAAAUCGACAGUAUGCUGACCCUGUUGCCCUUGCUCGCGCUCAGCAGAUGCCAGAUAAAAUACGUCUUCGUGCUGGAUCGGUUACAAAUCAACAGAUGGUUGUUUAUGAUGAAUUUUCCAGCCGGAUUUGUGGUUUCAAACCAACGACAGCCGAAGAUAUGAUAGUCGAUUUCAGUGUUAUGAAAUCAUCUACUCCAACCGGCAUGCAGCCAGUGAUUCAGCAGCCUGGAAUGGAUAAAGAAGUGGAGCAAUUUGUGACGGCUUUACAAGUGCUUGUGCACGAUAUUGAUUCAAUAUUAUCCGCUUAUGGUGUACCAAACUAUCGAGCAAGUGCUGCAAUUGCUAAUAUUCGUGACGCAAUAUCGCAAUUGGCAUCUAAUCCACGUGAACCAAUCCAAAUGCAUAAUUGUAUACAGCGUAUUGUUGAGCAAGUUUUGUGUUCCUACAGAAAUGCAGAAUUCCAACAACAUCAGUUGUCGCCUCCAGAAAUGGAUUGGAAUCGCAGGUUGAAGGACGUAUUUCUUCAACUUUGUCGUGUUCUUCUAACACAGAUUCCGUUGGGUGACUUAGCUCGUCGUGUGACUCGAGUGAUCGUGGAUUGCAGAUUAGAUUAUCGAUUCAAUGUUGAUGCUAUGGAUUUGCUUGCGAAACACAUGCUUAUCCAAAUGAAUGUUUAUGACCAAAAUUUGGCGAUGUUGAUCGAUAGCGGCAGCAAUUUUGAAGCUUUAAUAUUUGCUCAGCGAUUUUUAAAACUAUUAACAAUGAAUAAUCCAACGCAUUCGCGACAAGCAGUUUCUGAAUCAAUGCCUCUCACGAUGGAACAAUUAGCUAAGGCACAACAGUUCGGACAGAACAGGCCAACUCCUGAAAGCUUUGCAACGGCAGCGAUACCGCUUAGUAACGAAGUGACACUUAUUGGUUCACGGGGCGUUACAUCACUUCCACCACCUUCCACCAUGGCUGAUCGCGUGCAUAACAGCCUACCAGUAGCGCUUGCUGCAUCAGUGCCACCGUCUGGUCCAAUUGGAAGCGGUGCGCAUCUUCGAGGUGAUAAUAUGGAAGAUGGUGCCGAGUUACAGAGCAAGGUAGAAAUGAUAUUGCGAGAAUGGAUACAGCUUUGUUAUACACCGCAAGCACAAAAAGAACCUCAGCAAGCUCUUGCGCAAAUUGUUCAUGUGAUGCAUGAACAAGGUGUUAUAUCAACAGAUGAGAUGAUCACACGAUUCUUUCGUUUAUGUACCGAAAUGUGCGUCGAUGUAUCUUAUAGGUUAAUAAAGAACGAUGUAAGCGGCCAUCCGACGACCGUUGUACGACAGCGGUGCUAUUAUACACUUGAUGCUUUCGUCAAACUCACAUGUUUAAUGAUCAAACACAGUGAUGGGAGUCAAUAUCAAACGAAAAUUAAUUUGUUGAAGAAAGUUUUGAAUAUCAUCACCAACGUAUUACAUUUGGAUCAUGAGGUCCGCGGUACUGAUUUCCAUGCGAUGCCGUAUCAGCGUAUACUAAUCAUCAUGUUCAAUGAACUUACCGCUCUAGACCCUGCCUUGGAUGUCAUUUCAUGGCAUAUUUUAGAGGCUUUUGGGCAGGCUUUAUUUAUCCUACAGCCUCGACGAGUUCCGGGUUUUGCUUAUGCCUGGUUAGAUAUUAUUGGGCACAGAAAUUUCAUUGGUCGGCUAUUAAAAGACAGUACAGAACCGAUGAAAACAGCUGCCAUGUAUACUCAAUUGAUCAUAUGCCAUUUGAAAUUUUUGGCUCCAUUCCUGCGUAAUAUUCAACUUCCUAAAUCAAUUGCCAUGAUGUACAAGGGUACUCUUCGCGUUUUGUUAGUGAUUCUGCAUGAUUUCCCGGAAUUGCUUUGCGAGUAUCAUAUUGUUAUCUGCGAUACUAUACCACCAAACUGCGUUCAAUUGCGUAAUCUUGUACUUAGUGCAUAUCCAAAAAAUAUGCGACUACCUGAUCCGUUUGGUUCAAAUUUGAAAGUUGACAGCUUGCUAGAAAUGACUCAAGAACCAAAAAUGAAUAUCAAUAUGGCUGCGAUUAUUCCGCCUGAUUUAAGAACGCAACUGGAUGACUACUUAAAUACUCGCUCCUCAGUUGAUUUUCAUGCUAAUUUGCCAAGUUUAUUGCAGGUUAGUAACAUUGCUGGUUCGAAGUAUAAUACAACGGUCAUGAAUGCAGUUGUUAUAUAUGUGGGAAUGCGUGCAAUUCAAGCAAUUCAUGAGAAGCAACAAUGCAUCACAAUGACUACAAUCGCGCACACUGCAUAUAUGGAUAUUUUUCAGAAUCUGGCAGUAAGCUUGUGCACUGAAGGACGGUAUUUGCUGUUCAAUGCUAUAGCAAAUCAAUUGCGUUAUCCGAACAGUCAUACGCAUUAUUUCAGCUGCACCUUAUUAUACCUGUUUUUAGAAGCGAAUACUGAAGUAAUACAGGAACAGAUUACGCGAAUUUUGUUCGAACGUCUUGUUGCUUUACGUCCUCAUCCGUGGGGUUUACUGAUUACAUUCAUUGAGCUGAUCAAAAAUCCAAGCUACAGUUUUUGGAAACAUGAUUUUGUGCGAUGUGCUCCGGAGAUUGAAAGGCUUUUCCAAAGUGUGGCAAAUUCUUGCAUGGGUUCAAAUGCACGCCACAUAAAUACAAAUGCAUCACAUGCAUCGCAAUUACCAGCAGGCAGCAGCCCGCAAACUAUACAAAAUGUUCAGUGA